UCAGACGAGGAUGUCAGCGGUGACCAGCUAAUCGAUGAAGACGACUCGGAGAUGGUCGUCACACAGGGGAAGGACAAGAAGUCCGCGAGGGCCAAGAACACCAAGCCGCGCCAGCGUGUCAAGUUAGCGGACCUCCCUCCCAAGAUCCGCGCCCUUGCCGUCGUGGCUCAAAACUCGCUCCGCCUCACCCUCUCGCUCGAGUCGGCCUGGACCAGCGACUCCAACGUCUCCAGCCCACGCCUGCUCGCGAACGUCAACCUUACAGCCGAGGCUCUCAAAGACGCACGCAAGGGCAAGAAUAAGGAUGCGCGGGAGAAGAAGGAACUUAGGCGGGCGUAUGCGAAGGUGCAGGCGGGGGAGGGUGACGAGGGAAAUCAUCUGCGGACGUCAGUGAAUACCGUGGUGUGGGCGGUGGCUGCGCAGUUGCGCAACGAGGUGAAGAAGAAGGCUAAGACCGUGGUUGAACACGCGUACGGCUUGAACAUGCACCCAAAGCAGCGGCGUGUAUCUCUCGCAACAUGGCUCCUCAAGACCCAUCCAAUGCGGGUGAACGGUGUAAAGCACGACAUCCCGAACUUUGUGUUCGGGGACAUGGAGCUUGCGUGGAAUAAGGACGGGCUCGACACUAAGAAAUGCCGCGUGAGCCCCGAGCAGCCGUUCCGCCACCCAGCGAUCGCCGAGAUUAUAGUGCAGCAAUGGUUCCUGGGGAACGGCGGCGCCGGUCAAGCGGUCCAUCGCUUCCGCGAGGUGCCCGACAACCUCAUCUGCCUCGUGUGCAACUCGAUCGAGCUUGGGCUCAAGGAAGCCGUUAGCUCUACUCAGAUCAUGUUCACGAACAGGCAGUUCGCUCCAAAGUGGGAUAGUCUCAUGACUAUACUGGAGGCCAUGCAGGAGAACGCGCCUGACUACUACCGCGACCUCAAGACGUACGUUUGGGGCCGUAUCAGUCAGCGUGUCGACGGCAUCACCAGCGAUCAGUCGGACGACGAGCCAGACGAGAACUUCAUGGACUGGACGGCUUUGCAACAGGCCGCAAAGCCGGCGUCACCGUCCAGACCUGCCAGUGGGCCGUCAACAUCGCGUCCAACCACGGCGAAACCGUCCUCGGCGAAACCGUCCUCGGCGAAACCGUCCUCUUCAAGAGCCGCUGCGAAGUCAGCGCGGACCGCUGAGCAAGAGAAGGACGGCGAGGUCGCGGUUGACGAGGUCGCGGUUGACGAGGUCGACGAGCUGCAAGAUGAACGGGAUCCGGUUGCCGAAGGUCGUAGGCAGGGCGAUGUCCGUGCGUACGAGUUCCAAGGCAUAUAUCCUACCAAUCAACACUCCCUUGGACUACUAGAGUACGUAUUUCAGUCGACGUCGACGUUUCCUCCACUUCUGCCAUCUGUCUCGCCUCACGCGUAUCAGCCCAAAGCCACUAUCAUCUGCACAACCUAA